UCUCAUAAGGUGUGUGCGAUAAGCAAAACGGAGCGAAUUUAUUGAUGGAAUAUUUCCAGGAGUUGGUGCUCCUGGGAGUAGAUGUGCUUGUUCUGGUGGUGUGUAGCAGUCAGUACUUAAAGCUCAAGAAAAACUGCCGUGCUCUGAAGGAAGCGCCACAGUUGCCGAUCGAUGAGAACCUUUCCGAUCGUUUGCGAAGGGAACCGGACCAGAAACUUAAAUAUGCCGUCAUCCGGGGAAGCGUUACGCCCAUCGGCACUCCACUGCACAGCGCAAUGUCACCGUCCGUUACCGGCGUACUGCAAACGAUGACCCUAACCGAACACAGAGUGGCCCGUGCUGUGUUUGGGUUUUGGCAGGAGGAAAAGCAAAUCAUUCACGUGUCGUCGAACGAAAUUCCGUUCCGGCUCGUCAACGGGAAGCAUGGAGUGGAGAUUGUGAACGGUCUGUCAGCCGAGCUGCUAGACAUGGACACAGUUUACGAGAACUACGAACCGUCUUCGCUGUCGCUGUUCGAUCACGUAUUCGGUUUGUUUUCUGGUGUGCGCCAGAAGGGGCUACAAACGACGGAGGAACUGCUACGAGACGGUAGUUUCAUAACGGCGGUGGGCGAGCUGGAACUCGACGAUAGUGGCAUUCGAUUGCAGCCAGCUAGCACCGGAGCGCCCAUGUUUCUAACAACCGCCACCAAAAAUACGCUCUUAAAGCGCCUGGAAGAAGCGAAGUCUUCCACGCUGGUGAAGGUACUGCUCUGUGGUACGAUAUCGGCCGUGCUGGUGGGGCUCAUUGCGCGCAAAAUGUAUAAACGCAAAAAGACGGAACGCGACGAGCGCAAGCUGCGGGAACAAUUGGACAAAACGCGAGCCGCCCGGCGGGCACGAAUGCGACAGGCAGAUCUUACCGACGAGCAACGGUGUGUGGUGUGUGUUGUAAACCCCAAGGAAGUUAUCUGCUUACCAUGUGGACACGUCUGUUUGUGUGAAAACUGUGCGGAAAAAAUUAAGCUACACUGUCCGGUGUGUCGAUCGGUUAUAGAAACUAAAGCCGCCGCGUUUAUUACGUAGUUUGCUUGCAUUAGAAUAAGGUAACAGUUGUAUAAAAGAUAAAACUGAAAAACAUAUUACCUAUUGCCAUUAACUUUAGUUUGUCGAUUGUUUUUUAUAGUCUGCCAGAGAAAUUGUGAGCUCACGGAAUGCGUCAGGAAUGCGAAUAAACUGGGGUGCUUUCUGAACGUGUCAACCUUUCAUGAUUUUUUCGUAUGCCCGCUGGUCAGAAUACAUGCGCUGAAAGACACUAUAUUUUCGGUCGUGGUACUCGCGAGACUCGUCACUCAAAUCUGGUUUCACGACUGUCGC